AUGAGGGAGGCAGCAAAGCAAAAGCACAGGGACGAGAGAGAGGUCGCAAAGGGAAGGGAGGGAGGUCGCAAACCCAAGGGAGGGAGGUUGCUGCGAGCGGGGGUGAAGCUCAUUUGCAUCACCAUCGCUUUCGCUUUGCCUUCGCAUGCCCGGGCCGGCGCUUCUUCUGCAUUUGCACCUUCGCCUUCUCGGGGAGCGAUGGGGCACAACGGAGAGAACAGCAAGACGGAUGACUCCUGGAGCUUCUAUACCGCGCAGGCGCAGAGUAUGGGCCAUCGGGCGCUGAAUUCCACCGACGAGGCCCUCCGAACCGCUCGUGUUCAGAUCGAUCAGUUGCAGGACGCCUCCUCGCAGCAAUUCGCUGCAGCUCAGAAACUUGCGGAUAGAGCUAAACAGGAAUAUACCCAUUAUGAAGGACUUGUUUUCAAGAAACUCAAAGAGGGUGUAAACAUAGCUGUCCAGAAUCCAAAUGCAACUUUUGGAAUCCUUGGAGUCACUACACUACUCGCUUUGAGAACACCAAGGCGACUGCUAUAUCGCUACACCAUUGGCCAGUUUCGGAGUGAGGAGGCUAUGCUCACGCGCGCUGAGACAAAGGUGAAGGAGAUGCAUCAAACAGUAGAUUCAUUGAAAAAUGAAACAAAGAAGCUUGAGGAGAGGGCAAAGCUUGCAGAGGAGGAGUUUCUUCGGGGAAUGACUAAACUUAAAAAUAGCGGAAGUCAAAUUAGCUCUCUCUCUAGGGGCGCCUACAAAACAGAAUCAUCUGCAAGAGGACUUAUGGAUAGCUUGCGUGAUUUACCGGGUAGGGAAGCAUUGCGUUUGCGAGCAGAGGUUGCAUCCAUGGCAUCUGAAGUCAAACAACAGCGAAAUCUUUUGGACAAACGAGUUUCACAAAUUGCAAGUUAUGGUAUCUCAGUUUAAGUUAUAGUAUGAGUCUGCUUCAGCUUUGAAGAUUGAGCACUUGAAGUAUAGACUGCUGCACAUGCAAUACCACGCUCUUCAAUCGCAGAGUAAUUUUUCUGCUAGUGUGCUGUAUAUCGCAAGAGGCCAACAUAAGUGGAUCAGCCUGGCUUGCAAUGACCUCAUGGUUUUGCUGAUAAGUUUAAGGUACACACUCGGCUUUUUCUGAACUUGACUUGUGAAGAGGUUUAUUGAGAUGUUGGAUGAUUCUGGUCCAUUUUGCAGCAAGUAAAAUUCUCGCAUUGGUGCCAUUACUCCCCA